AUGUUUCGGCAGAUUUGGGUGAACGACAAACACCGCGACUUCCAGAGAAUUGUCUGGAGAGAAAGGCCAUCGGAUCCAAUCAAACACUAUCAACUAUGCACCGUCACUUAUGGCACCUCAUGUGCACCAUUCCUGGCUGUUAGGGUAUUAGAGCAACUGGCUACUGAUCAUCAGCAGGAAUUCCCGAAUGCUGCAAAAAUCUUACAAGAGGAUUUUUAUGUCGACGAUGUGCUCACUGGGUCAAACAGUGAGGAGGAACUGAUACAAAAUCGAAAGGAACUUAUUCAACUUAUGUCCUGUGCUAAUUUGGAGCUUGGGAAAUGGGUAUCAAACACACCUGGCAUACCAACAGAAGGAACUGAUUCUACACAAUCAUCUCCAGUCAAGGUUCUUGGACUUUACUGGCAACCUGGGCUUGAUACAUUGUCUUAUAAUGUUGGUCUAAAAGGAAAUGUCGAUUGUACAAAACGACAAGUUUUAUCGGAUGUCUCGCGGAUCUUCGAUCCACUUGGGCUUUUGGCACCAAUUGUGGUCCAAUUCAAAAUACUCUUUCAACAAUUAUGGCUUCUCGAUUUGGGAUGGGAUGACAAACUCCCUAAGCAACUAGCGGAUACUUGGCUCAAAUGGCGAGCAGAUUUGGAUAUGCUACAACACAUUCAAAUACCCCGGUUGGUUGUCAACGCCACCGACAACAUUGAAUUGCAUGGAUUCUCCGAUGCAUCUACGAAGGCAUACGCUGCUGUAGUGUACAGCAGAGUAAUCAACAAGGAUGGCUCGAUUUCUACAUCGAUUAUGGCUGCGAAGUCUAGGGUGGCUCCGCUAAAGCAGCAAUCUCUGCCCCGCCUAGAGCUUUGCGCGGCACUUCUCCUAAGUCAACUCAUACGUUCGAUAAAGGCGGCACUUCGACAUCAAAAGGUCACGGUUUUUGCAUGGUGCGAUUCCACAAUCGUUCUCUAUUGGCUAUCAUACGGACCCUCUCGACUAAAGACAUUUGUUGGGAACCGAACUUCGGAAAUUCUGAACACCAUUCCAAGGCAUUAUUGGCGUCAUGUGGACUCCAAAUCAAAUCCAGCUGAUUGCGCAUCCAGAGGUCUCAUGGCUGCAGACCUAAAGGACUUUCAGUUAUGGUGGAAUGGCCCGUCAUGGAUACGUGACGCGGAUCAGUUUCUGGUAAGGUUAAACAACUCACAAGUCUGUUUGAAUAUUUCAGAAAAGAACAUAGAAAAGGAAGUCAAAAGCAAUUGUCUGACUGCAUUAGUAGAGGCAGCUCCUGAUCAUCCACUUGAUCAUCUUGUUCAACGAGUAUCUUCUUGGUUGACGCUCGUUCACACGGUUGGCUAUGUCCUUCGCUUUCUACGGUGCACGAAGGGUUCAUUUGGGGACAAGGGCUCAAACUGUCUUACGUUUGAGGAAAUCACCGCGGCACGCAUUGUAUGCUUGCGCCAUGCGCAAACCUGCUUUCAGAAUGACUAUCAAUUGCUACUCGCAAAUAAACCAUUGCGAAGUCGAUCUCAGCUGGCUAAACUCUCGCCAAUGAUCGACAAGGACGGACUACUCAGGGUUGGAGGACGCUUGCACCACUCGCAAUUGUCCACAGAGGCGAAACAUCCAGUUUUGCUACCGAAAUCUCAUCGCAUCACCAAGCUGAUACUUGAAUACGAACACAGGGUCAACCUGCACCCUGGCGUCUCAUCAAUCUUUGUUAUGGUACGUCAAACAUUCUGGAUAUUUGGCGCAAGGAACUUGAUAAGGAAAGUCACACACGACUGUUUGGCUUGUUUUCGACAGCGGCAUCAUACAUCACAACAAAGGAUGGCUGAUCUACCCAGCAUUCGUGUCACUCAGGCACUUCCAUUUGUAAACACUGGAUGUGACUAUGCUGGUCCAAUCCUUCUUAAGGAUGGAAAGGGGCGCAAACCGCGCAUUGGUAAGGGCUACAUAUGCCAAUUUGUUUGUCUGGUCACAUCGGCAAACCAUCUGGAACUUGUAACGGACUUGAGCACCGACUCAUUCUUGGCCGCGCUAAGACGUUUCGUCUCUUUGCGUGGCAAGUGCAACAAAAUCUAUAGCGACAACGGAACGACUUUCAUUGGAGCUAAACGCUCUCUUGAUGAAAUGCAGAAGCUGCUGGCAUCUCAGCCACACAUCGAAAAGGUUAGGAAUGCUCUGGCGAAUGAUGGCAUUCAAUGGGUAUUCAUUCCACCACAUGCUCCUCAUUGGGGAGGAAAAUGGGAAUCUGCAGUCAGAUGCGUAAAGCUGCAUAUUCGCCGAGUCAUUGGGAAAUCUACUCUCACCUACGAGCAGAUGCGAACUCUACUUGCACAAGUCAGUGCGGUGGUCAACUCACGACCCUUGUGCUACAACUCGGACACAGAUAUCAAUUAUUUGUCGCCAGCACAUUUCUUGAUCGGCAGGCCUCUCACAACUAUACCAGAGGCAGACUUAGGCCACAUCCCCGUGGGCCGACUUGGGUACUGGCAAAGUAUCCAAUCUAUGAUGCAAGGUUUCUGGAAGCAAUGGCAUCAGGAGUAUCUUACCACAUUGCAACAGCGUCCAAAGUGGACCACUACAACACCAAAUAUAGCAGUGGGAGAUGUGGUGCUUGUAAAGGAAUCGAACACCCCACCAGCUCACUGGCAUCUGGCGCUGGUUCUCGAAGCCUACCCAGGCAAGGAUCAAUUGGUUUGA